GCGACGCCGUUGCCAAGGAGACGGCCAUGGCGGCCAUGGCGGUCGCUGAGGCGGGCGGGGGUCCGGCCGCCCCCGGGCUCGCGGGGCCCCGCGGCUCCCGCGGCUCCUCAGAAACUACUUCCUUGAAAGAAGAUGGUUUUCCUUAUUCCAGAAUGUUACCAGUAGAUAGAAGACUUCUAAAUUUACAGAUCUACAAACUUCUUCAGUGCGUUCACCAGAAAGACAAGAAGCAAAUAGAAAAGCUGGUCCAGAAGGGCUUCCCAAACCUCAUUAAUUACACAGAGCCUAAGGAAGGAUACAGUGCCUUUCACUUGGCCUCCAUGAAAAACGACAUCGAAAUGUGCCGCUUCCUGCUGGAACAGGGAGCUCAUCCCAACGUGCAGGACACGAUGGGACGCACUCCAGCCAUGAAGGCAGCUGAGCUGGGCCAUGAGGUGGUUUUGGAGUUAUUGGCAAAAGCUGACGCAGACAUGACUGCUGUGGAUAACGAAGGGAAAGGUAUUUUGUUUUACUGCCUUUUACCUACCAGGCGGCACUCCCACUGCCUGCACAUUGCCCUGAAAUACGGUGCAGAUGUGAACAACUGUACCACUGAGGGGAGGUCUGUGCUGCUACAAGCCUGUGAGCAAGCUCAUGAGAUUAAAGAAAUGUGUCUGGCUUUCUUGGAGAGAGGAGCAAGUCCCCAUGCAAGAGACCCGGCCACGGGUCGCACGGCUGUGAUGGAGGCUGCAAGGGAAGGUGCUGUCGAGGUGGUGCGUGCUCUGCUCGCCAGAGGAGCUGAUGUGAACCUGUUUGACUUUGAGAGACACAGUGCUGCACAUUUUGCAGCCAAAGGAGGCUUUUUUGAGAUUCUGAAGUCUAUUUCAGCUUAUAAUGGAGACUUGAAACUUAUUGCUAUGAAUGGGAACACGCCACUUCAUUAUGCUGCAGAGGGAGGAUUUGUAGAUUGCUGCAAGUAUAUAGGACAAAGAGGCUGUGAUCCUACCUGGAGAAACCUGUUACAUCUGACCCCAAGAGAGGCUGCCAAGAACGGCGGUUUUAAAGCAGCAGUAACCAUUUUGCGUAAAAUUGAAAAAGGCUUUAAAAAAACCUUAUCCCCCGAGGAAGAGGUCUCUGCCUGGUACCUGAAGCUGUACGACUGGUCCUUGGAGCACGAGGAUUCCCUCCGCAAGGAGUUUGAGGCUCUCCUCCAAGAAGAUGGGAUGGUGACCAGAGCUGACUUUGUAUCCGUAAUUCAGAAGCGGUGGAGCUUCCUGGGUGCUGAAGAAAUGGAAAAUAUUGCUAAAAUGCAUGAAGUGCAGCCCGACAGGAUCAACCUCGACGAGUUUUUUAAAGGCUCCAAAUACCUGGACAAAAACUUUCUCAUGUCGUCCUUUGGGCCCAAAGCGAAGAAGCAGAAAAAGGGGGCGAAAGCAAAAGGCAAAAAAGGCCUCCCUGUGCCGGUCUGUGUCAUUCCGAAGAGGGAAUAUCCUCGUGGGGAAGAGGGCUUCCCUGUGUACCUGGUUGAGGCUUUUCCAAACAUUCCUGAUGAGGAGAGAUUUAAACGGGACCACCCCUCUGCCCACCCCGUGCACGACGACCGUGUCUGGUACCUGGAGGAGCCAAGGAAAACGUACCUGGAUAUUAACUACCUUGUCAGAGCAGGAGACAUCGUGUCCCUGCAGAAGGCAUUUGAGGAGGGUGUGCCAGUUGACAUAAAAGAUAGAUAUUACAAAACACCUUUGAUGGUUGCGUGUGCAAGUGGGAACGUGGUCCUUGUGGAGCUUCUUCUGGAAAAGGGGGCUGAUGUAAACAUGACAGACAAUUUCCUGUGGACCCCUCUGCAUCACGCUUGCUCUAAUGGACACCUGGAUAUUGCUGAGCUGCUGGUGAAGGCUGGAGCAGCAGUGGAUGCCCUUGGAAUAGGCAACACCACCCCACUGAUGAGAGCCAUCGAGGCCUGCAGGCUGGACAUGGUCUACUUUUUAAUCACUGCAGGUGCCAACAUCCAAAUUACAAACAGCAAUGGAAAGAAUGCUCUUGAUAUUGCCAGAGUAUUUGACAAUGCUAAAAUAAUUGACCUGCUCGAAAAUCUUAUGGAUAAUUUGGCAGAACCAGAAGAAGAAGCAAAGACGGCAAAAGGUGGGAAGCCAAAGUCAUCAGAGAAAAAAGAGUCUCCAGAGGUACCUCCGCCAGCUGUAGAAAAACCUGUUCCUGAACUGACACUGCGUUCCCGAAAGGCCAGUGCUCGGAAGCCUUUGGUAACAAAAGAGAGGAACAAAGAUGACAUCAGCUUCAAACCCAGAAAGCUAUGGAGCCCUGAUGCUGCAACACUGGAGCUUGUAAGAAAGCAAGAAUUCCUCCGUGAACGUGCUGCUAUUUGUGGUCACUUAGAAGGCUUUACAACCCUCUUUAAUAGAAAAUUUAAGGAUUAAGCCCACCAGCUGGAAGAACCUAUUUCAGCAUGUAUUUUUAGGAGACAAAGAUCUAAAAGGCUACUCCUCUGCAGGGAAGGAAUCAUGCAGUGCUCAGGAAAUAUGUCUCGGUUACAAUAAAAGAAAAUCAUAUCAA